AUGGAGUACCUACAAGGCAUCGCGGUUUUGCUCGUCGCUCUCGUCGUCUACAAAGUGUAUAGACUUUGGGGUUACGUCCGAGCGGCAAAGAAGACAGGGUUCACAUAUGUUGUGGUGCCCCUCCUGGAAACGGAGGUUGUGGCCCAGCUGGCAACUCUGAUCCUCCGCAAGCUGUACACAGACCAGCUCGACGCCGGAAACGGAUGGCCGUCGUGGUGCCGGUUCAUGAUCAAGGACUGGUCCUGGGAGGACAAGCGGUCGGCUCACGAGCAGUACGGGGAUGUCUUCCUGGUCGUGUCCCCGGCAGGCAUCAUCUGCUACGUCGCCGACGCGGAUGUGGCGUGGGACGUCCUGAACCGUCGACAUGACUUCACCAAGCCCAGAGACAAGUACAAGAUCCUUGAACCCUACGGGCCAAACGUUGCGACCGCCGAGGGCAGCACCUACAGAUUCCACCUCCGCAUCACCGCCCCUCCCUUCUCGGACGGGAGCGGUGCCAACGAACUGGUGUGGCAAGAGACUGCGAGACAAACCGAGCUCCUGGCAGACAAAUGGGAGCACGAGGCACUGGAGAACGUCGACGACGCCAUCAACGCUCUGACCCUGGCCGUCAUCUCCUUUGCCGGCUUCGGCAAGAAGGUCGUCACCAGCCAGGGCCAGUCCCGUGAUGUUCCCGCGGGAUACCGGAUCAGCUUUCUCCAGGCGCUCAGCGACGUGACCAAGUUCAUGCUCCAGAUCCUCGUCUUCCCCACCUGGUUUCUGUCCCUCACGCCGUACGCCAACGCGGGCCUCGCCAAGACCCAGCUCGAACAGUACAUGAAGGAGAUGAUCCGUCGCGAAAAGGCCUCCAUCGAGACCGGGAAGGACACCCAGACCGGACCGCGGGGCAAUCUUCUACAGUCCGUCAUGCUGGCGUCUCACCACAACUCGCAGUCCGCGGCGACCGGGAAGGACGACAGCCUGGGCCGGGGAUUCAACGAAAGCGAGGUCAUGGGGAACCUCUUCAUCUACUUGCUGGCGGGCUACGAGACAACGGCGAACGCGAUUGCGUACGGGCUCAUCACUCUUGCGCUGCGGCCUGAUAUCCAGGCCCGCGUGGCUGCUGAGAUCGACCAGGUCUACAAACAGGCGGCAGCUGAGGGCCGAAAGGAGCUCGACUACUCCAGCGACUUCCCAAGACUGGAGUACACCUACGGUUUCAUGUAUGAGACCUUCCGGUUGUAUCCAGGCGUCACUUUGAUCACAAAGAUGUGCAAGACAGCCCAGGACCUACGAGUAUUCGACGGAGCGACCGGACAGACGCGGACAGCCACGAUACCAGCAGAGUGUAGGGUGUACCUGUCGGCCCCGGCAGUCCACUACCACCCCAAGUACUGGCCGGAACCCGAGGAGCUCGAGCCCGCGCGCUGGAUGCGCAGGGAAUGGACCAAGAACCAGGACGCGCCGCCGGCCGGGAAGGCCGACAGGCACGUCGUGGCGGCCGACAAGACGCGGCAGAUGCGGGGGACCCUCCUCACCUUCUCGGACGGGUCGCGCGCGUGCCUGGGCCGCAAGUUCGCCCAGGCCGAGUUCAUCGCGUUCCUGGCGGUCCUGCUGCGGCGUUUCGAGGUCUGCUUCGAGCCGGGCGUCGACGUCGAGCAGGCGCGGCGCGACCUCAACUUCAAGUCGGCCGGCAGGGUCACGCUGGCUCCCAUAGACGGCUUCAAGCUGGCGGUGCGGAAGCGGGUCCCCGGCGGCUCUGACAGACGGCCGGACGAGGCCGAUGGGAUGUCCCGUCGUACUCGGCGAGACUGA